AUUUUUUUUUCUCUCCCUUCUUCCACUCUCUUUUUCGUCCGGCUAUCUCUCCUCACCUCCUUCGUGCGCCCUUCGCCGGACCACAUCCGCAGCCUCGCCGUUGCCAGCCCGCUGCCGCGCCUGCCUCGCCGCCCGCCUCGCGGCGCCCCACCAUUUCAGGGUUUUCCCACACCGCCCUACAAAACCCUUGAACUGAAGUUACUAAAAAAGAUGAACGAAUACGAGAAUGAGCACAUGAAUGCAAUGGAUGAAGAUGAAGACGAGGAAGACAUUACACAAGAAGAUGCUUGGGCUGUAAUCAGUGCUUAUUUUGAAGAGAAGGGUUUAGUGAGGCAGCAGCUUGACUCUUUCGAUGAGUUUAUUCAGAAUACGAUGCAGGAGAUCGUUGAUGAAUCGGCCGAUAUCGAGAUUCGGCCUGAGUCCCAGCACAAUCCUGGCCACCAGUCGGAUUUUGCUGAGACUAUAUACAAGAUAAAGUUUGGCCAAAUCUAUUUGAGUAAGCCGAUGAUGACAGAAUCAGAUGGUGAAACAGCAACUUUGUUUCCGAAAGCAGCUAGAUUGAGGAACCUGACAUACUCAGCUCCACUGUAUGUUGAUGUCACAAAAAGAGUAAUCAGAAAGGGACACGACGGUGAUGAACUAACUGAAGCACAUGAGCUUCCAAAGGUUUUUAUUGGAAAGGUACCGAUCAUGCUUCGUUCGAGUUAUUGUACAUUGUAUCAGAAUUCAGAGAAGGAUCUUACAGAGCUUGGUGAGUGCCCUUAUGAUCAAGGUGGGUACUUCAUCAUCAACGGGAGUGAAAAGGUGCUUAUUGCUCAGGAGAAGAUGAGCACGAAUCACGUCUAUGUGUUUAAGAAGCGGCAGCCGAACAAAUUUGCAUAUGUAGCAGAAGUUCGAUCUAUGGCAGAAUCCCAAAAUAGGCCUCCCAGUACCAUGUUUGUGCGAAUGCUCUCUCGAGCUGGAGCCAAAGGGGGUUCUUCUGGGCAAUAUAUACGUUGUACUUUACCUUACAUCAAAUCAGAUAUUCCUAUAAUAAUAGUUUUUCGAGCUUUGGGAUUUGUUGCAGACAAAGAUAUAUUGGAGCAUAUUUGUUAUGACUUCUCUGAUACUCAAAUGAUGGAAUUGCUUCGCCCUUCUCUGGAAGAGGCAUUUGUAAUUCAGAAUCAGCAAGUUGCACUUGACUACAUUGGUAAAAGAGGAGCUACAGUUGGUGUUACCAGAGAAAAGAGAAUCAAGUAUGCCCGAGAGAUUCUGCAAAAGGAAAUGCUUCCACAUGUUGGUGUUGGUGAAUAUUGCGAGACUAAAAAAGCUUACUAUUUUGGAUACAUAAUCCAUCGGCUUCUAUUAUGUGCAAUUGGUAGAAGGCCUGAGGAUGAUAGAGAUCAUUAUGGAAAUAAAAGACUGGAUCUUGCUGGUCCUUUGCUGGGAGGUCUCUUUCGAAUGUUGUUUCGAAAGUUAACCAGGGAUGUUAGAGGCUAUGUUCAGAAGUGUGUUGAUUCUGGAAAGGAUUUGAACCUUAGCUUUGCUAUCAAAGCUAAGACAAUUACUAGUGGGCUCAAGUACUCUCUGGCUACUGGAAAUUGGGGGCAGGCUAAUGCUGCUGGUACCAGAGCUGGAGUUUCCCAGGUGCUGAAUCGACUUACAUAUGCCUCCACCUUGUCACAUUUGCGUAGGUUAAAUUCCCCCAUUGGACGUGAAGGGAAGUUGGCUAAACCUAGGCAGCUGCAUAAUUCACAAUGGGGAAUGAUGUGUCCUGCUGAAACACCUGAAGGACAAGCUUGUGGAUUAGUGAAGAAUCUUGCACUAAUGGUGUAUAUAACUGUCGGUUCGGCAGCAUAUCCUAUAUUAGAGUUUUUAGAGGAAUGGAGUACAGAAAAUUUUGAGGAAAUUUCACCGGCUGUGAUCCCUCAAUCUACUAAAAUUUUUGUGAAUGGUUGUUGGGUUGGCAUUCAUCGGGAUCCUGAGUUACUUGUCAAGACAUUGAGGCAACUAAGAAGAAGGGUUGAUGUCAAUACCGAAGUUGGGGUUGUUCGAGAUAUUCGGCUGAAAGAAUUGCGUAUAUAUACAGACUAUGGUCGUUGCAGUCGUCCGCUGUUUAUCGUUGAGAAACAGAGUCUUCUUAUUAAGAAAAAAGAUAUCCGGGCAUUACAACAGAGGGAGAAUCCUGAAGAUGGUGGCUGGCAUGAUCUUGUUGCAAAGGGAUAUAUUGAAUACAUUGAUACAGAAGAAGAAGAGACCACUAUGAUAUCCAUGACCAUUAAUGAUCUUGUGACAGCGCGGAUAAAUCCAGAGGAGGCAUAUUCCGAGACCUACACUCAUUGUGAAAUUCACCCAUCUUUGAUAUUAGGUGUCUGCGCCUCAAUUAUUCCGUUUCCUGAUCACAAUCAGUCCCCUCGUAAUACAUAUCAAUCAGCUAUGGGGAAGCAAGCCAUGGGAAUCUACGUCACAAAUUAUCAGUUCAGAAUGGAUACAUUGGCCUAUGUUCUUUACUAUCCCCAGAAGCCUCUAGUUACAACACGUGCCAUGGAGCAUCUGCACUUUAGACAACUACCUGCUGGCAUUAAUGCUAUUGUUGCCAUCGCUUGCUAUUCUGGCUAUAACCAAGAAGAUUCUGUUAUCAUGAAUCAAUCUGCAAUUGAUCGUGGAUUCUUCCGUUCUCUAUUUUUCCGUUCUUAUAGAGAUGAAGAGAAGAAGAUGGGAACCCUUGUCAAAGAGGACUUUGGGCGUCCAGACAGAUCUAAUACUAUGGGUAUGCGGCAUGGAUCUUACGAUAAAUUAGAUGAUGAUGGGCUUGCACCUCCUGGUACUAGAUGUGCAGGUGAGGAUGUUAUAAUUGGUAAGACUACUCCACUUGCCCCAGAUGAAGCCACAGGUCCAUCUGCACGCUAUUCACGACGUGAUCAUAGUAUUAGCUUACGUCAUAGUGAGACUGGGAUGGUGGAUCAGGUUUUACUGACAACCAAUGCUGAUGGCUUGAGAUUUGUGAAAGUAAGGGUGAGAUCUGUGCGUGUUCCUCAGAUUGGGGAUAAGUUUAGUAGUAGGCAUGGUCAAAAGGGAACAGUUGGGAUGACUUACACUCAGGAAGAUAUGCCAUGGACUGUGGAAGGCAUAACUCCUGAUAUCAUUGUGAAUCCUCAUGCUAUUCCAUCACGUAUGACAAUUGGUCAGCUUAUUGAGUGUAUUAUGGGUAAGGUUGCAGCUCAUGUUGGAAAGGAAGGAGAUGCUACACCAUUCACUGAUGUCACUGUGGACAAUAUCAGUAAGGCCCUACACAAAUGUGGGUAUCAGAUGCGUGGUUUCGAGACCAUGUAUAAUGGUCACACAGGAAGAAAGCUGACUGCAAUGAUAUUUUUGGGACCAACUUACUACCAAAGACUUAAGCAUAUGGUGGAUGACAAGAUCCAUUCCCGGGGACGAGGGCCUGUACAAAUUCUGACGAGGCAGCCUGCGGAGGGACGUUCUCGUGAUGGUGGUCUUCGAUUUGGAGAGAUGGAGAGAGAUUGCAUGAUUGCACAUGGUGCUGCUCACUUUCUUAAAGAAAGGCUUUUUGACCAAAGUGAUGCAUACAGGGUUCAUGUAUGUGAACGCUGUGGGCUCAUUGCCAUUGCAAACCUUAAAAAGAAUUCUUUUGAAUGUCGAGGCUGCAAAAACAAGACCGACAUCGUUCAGGUUCACAUUCCUUAUGCCUGUAAGCUUCUCUUCCAAGAGCUGAUGUCUAUGGCAAUAGCGCCUCGGAUGUUUAUCCGAGAUGUCAACAAGCUGGCCAAGGAUCAGAAAAAGAAAGGAGCAUAACACACAUCAACUUUGACCUCUUUGCCAAAUCGGCUUCAGAUCUCUGAUAUUCCUAUAGAUUCACCUUUACUUUUUCUAAAGCACAGUAUAUAUAAACUUCACAAUCUCAUUUCUCUUGAUCAAAUAUUAUCAAGUAUCUUUUGUUUGGAUGAGUUGAUUUGAAUCCUUGAUCCAUCAAUUUUGUAAUAUACGCCUGAGCUUAGGAUGUUAACUUUUUACAAGUAAUAAUGAUGAUUUGUGUCAACUGAAUUUGUGAUUA